GAUUGUGUAAAAUUAUCUUUAACAAAUAAAUUACAAUAAUUUUUAAUUCUUUCCUCAUAUUAGUUACAUAUCUAGGUCGUUUUAAAAUAAAAACAAGAGCAAAAAUAUUAUUUUUAUUGAAAACUUCAAAUCUUGAGUUCAUUUAUUAUAAUUUUCAAAAUUUAUUUAUACCUAUAAUAAUUACAUAUGUACAUAUAAUUAUAAUUAUGCAUAUAUAAACGAUUAAACCACUGUGCUUUUUCUUAUGGGUCUUACAAUGUAGCAUUGACAUCAAAUCAAAAUUUUAAUUUUGAAUAUUAAUUGUAUAGGAAUGUACCUAUACUUAUAUAACAUGUUAGGGAACUUGAAAAUUUCAGAUAAGAGUUUUCCAACUUCUAAAGGAAUCCGAAUUAGUAACAUUGAAACAAUGUACCUAAUUCAAUUUCUUUACUUUGCGAAUAAACUUCGUAUACCUACUUUUAAUAUUGGGGCUUAUUCUGAAUAUCUAAUCAAAUAACUAAGUGAUAGUGAUAUUUAUCGUAAAAAGUUCGAUAUUAUUAUUGUAAACACAAACCAAUUUAUUCAAAUGAUUCGUGUUUAUAAUAAAAUUUUUGAAAUUUUUACGUUCAAUAUCAAUAUCACUUAGGUAUUCGAUAGUCCGCCUCAUUAAUACCUAUCAGAAUAAGCCUAAUCAAUACCCUAUCAACUAUACAGUAUUGCAAGGGAAGGUUGUUUUAUCACCUUAAUAUUAUUUAUAAAAUAUUAUGUUAAUAAGCUUUUUAGACCAACUUAUACAUAUAAUUCUCGGUUAAUACAAGUUACGAAUAAAAUUAAGGCAAAAUGUAUAUCGCUAGUGUAAGAAGAAAACUACACCGAAUAAUUAACUUCCCAACGGCAUCAAAUGCUUUAAGUUUACUCAUACUGAAAUCAAAACUCAGACUCAGCUGGAAAUGUAUUUCAACGCAAAAACUUUCUAUUAAAUUUUUAAGCUGUCAAGAAUAUAAAAAACUAAUUCUAAAUAGGAAUAGUCAUACCAAAUAAUCAUCCCUGAUAUUUUAAUGCAAUGUAUGAAUCACAGGUAGCGCUGUAAUCAUUUUAAUUUUCAAACUUUGAAAAAAAAAAAAAAAACAAAACACGCACAAAAAAUUUAAUGUAAACAAAAUAUAAGCUCAGUACGCAAUGCCAGACAUAAUUUUUUAAUUAUUAAAAUUAAUAAAAUGCUGACCAAUUGAUAUUUAAAAAUAUUUAGUCAUUCGAAGAAAAAUUAGUUCGAAAAAUUGAAUUAUAUCAACUAAAUAUUAAAACGGCAAUAAAAAUUUGUUGAACUUCUAAUAAAUUUUAUAUAAAAAAAAAAAUUAAAGUCGUAAAUGACUUAAGACGAAAGGGUGAACACAUCAUUUGGCAUUUAAUUUAUGAUUCAAGGAAAUCAAAGUGGAAUUCUAUAUAAAAAUUUUUGUUUUUAUUCAGCGAAACGAAAGUAAUUUUCUUAUUUCAUAAAUAAUUUAAGGUAAUUUUAAAAUAACUUAAAAAUUAAGAUGAAUGAAAUAGAAGUAUUGAAAAGGGAAGCAGAAUCCUUAAAAAAUGUAAUACGCGAUGCGAGAAAAUCAGUCUGCGACGCUAAUUUACUACAGAUGACCGCAAAUAUGCCAUCAAUUGGGAGACUUCAAUUGAGAACAAGGCGCACUCUUCGUGGCCAUUUAGCAAAAAUUUACGCUAUGCAAUGGUGUAGUGACUCAAAACAUUUGGUGUCCGCAUCUCAAGAUGGGAAGUUGAUAGUUUGGGAUGCACACACAACAAAUAAAGUGUAUGCAAUUCCAUUACGUUCAUCAUGGGUAAUGACAUGUGCUUAUGCUCCAUCUGGUGGUUAUGUUGCUUGUGGCGGUCUUGACAACAUAUGCUCAAUAUACAAUUUGAAAACGAGAGAAGGAAAUGCAAAGGUGUGUCGAGAACUUCCUGGUCAUACAGGUUACCUUUCAUGUUGCCGUUUUAUAGAUGAUAACCAAAUAAUUACAAGUUCUGGCGAUAUGACAUGUGGAUUAUGGAAUAUCGAGACUGGACAACAAAUAACUUCAUUUAUCGGUCAUGGGGGUGAUGUAAUGGCAUUAACACUAGCACCACAAUCUAAAACAUUUAUAUCAGGUGCAUGUGAUGCAAGCGCAAAACUUUGGGAUAUACGUGAAGGUACCUGUAAACAAACAUUUCAGGGCCAUGAAAGCGACAUAAAUGCUGUUACAUUCUUUCCAAAUGGACAAGCUUUUGCGACUGGCUCUGAUGAUUCCACUUGUCGUCUUUUUGAUAUACGAGCGGAUCAAGAGUUAGCUAUAUAUUCACACGAAAAUAUCAUGUGCGGUAUUACUUCGGUCUCAUUUUCAAAAAGUGGAAAAUUACUUUUGGCUGGUUAUGACGACUUUAAUUGCAACAUAUGGAACACAGUAAAAGCUGAACGUGCCGAUAUAUUAGUUGGUCAUGCAAAUAGAGUUUCGUGUUUAGGUGUUACAGAAAAUGGAACAGCAGUAGCAACUGGUUCGUGGGAUUCAUUUUUACGUGUUUGGAAUUAAUUUCAACAAUAAAACCACACGAUUACUUCACAUAGGAAUUUUCAGUAGAUAUGUAUUAUAUUUAAUGUAAAAUUAAAAUCAAACAUUCAAAAACAUUAAUCAUAUUGAAAUUAAAUUCAAGUUUCGUAAAUAAAAAUUUAAAAGAAACAAUUACCAUGAAACUUGAAGAAAUAAAUGUUUUUGUCUCUUUAAAGAUCAUAGAUCUUUGCAGAGAUUAUAAUUUUAAUUAAUGUUAACUUUUAUUAUUGCAAUAUUGUACUUAAAUUGAGCGAAUUAAAUUUGUGAAUCAAUUUAAAGUAUAGAAAUCAAAAAGAAAUCAAAUUCUUUGCUACUAUAGACUCGAAUUUAAAAACUUAAUUUUUAAAGAAACAAAAUUUAUUUUACUUAUGCCGCAAAUUACUAAUAACAUUUUUGUAUUAUAAAUGUAUCUCAGUAUUUUUGCUUUCGUUAAUUAUUUUAAGUUAAACUUUUUAUUAUUUUUAUGUAGGAAUAUUAAACCAUUGUAUUAAAUGUAUUAUUUUCUGUUCAUUGAUAUUCUGUGUUUAAGCAAAAAAAAUGUAUUUGCAUAUUUUGGUUGUAUAAGUAUGUGUCGAUAAAUAUAAAUAAAAUGAACUAAUAAGAAAAGCUUGAACAUAAAAUCUUAUUUAAAAUAAAUAUGGAAAAAAAAUUGAUGGGAAAAUUUUGGUUUUUAUUUCAAUUUCUUUGCAAGAAAUGUUAAGCAUUUCGAUAUUAAAUUGAAAAGAAUAGAAUAAAUUGAAUUUUCUGCUGAACCAGCGAUGGAAGAUCUACCCAACAAUUUGAGUUUACCUGUUCCUUAAAUAUGAUUUAAACUAUCCUAUUUAUUAUAUGAUUUGAUGUCAAUUAUACGAAGAUCAUAAGUAAAAGCACACAUUCUGUUGAAAAUUUUUGAAGGUAAAUGUUUCCUACCAAUUAAAUAGAACGAUGAAAAUACAUUACCUUAAUCUAUCAUUUGUAAUUAUAUAAUUAGUUUAAAAUAAUGCUGCAACUAUGCUUUAUAUAAUAAAAAAAAAAAUAAAAAUAAGACAAACAUAACAGAGAAAACAAAUCUUUGCACAGCUUUUGCAAUCGUUACUUAGGAAAAUUAAAAUAAAAAUUUAAUUUAAAAAAAAAUGUAAAGAAAUAACAAAAUUUUGUAAGAUAGGAGAAAAAAACCAAAUAAAAUUUAUGAUAUUUAUAAAAAAUAUAUUUUUAUUAAAGCCAAUGUAAAACAAAAGUAGAACAGCUACGUGUUUUAAAAUAAGGAAAAACUAUUAUAAAUAAUAAUUAAAGUAAGUGAUAUAAAUGAAAAGUUUGUAUUAAUCUAAAGAAUAGAAGUAAUGGAAUGCACUUUCAUGUAAUAAAAAUAUUGU